AUGUCCGAAAUCACCACCUCGGAAAUCCUCAUCUCCGAUCUCCCCACCAAACAAGUCACUCUCGCGCCGCAACAGGUCACCAUCGUCCGCGAGAUUCCAACCACCAUCCAGCCCGGCCAAAACGAAAUAACACUGCUCGGUCUCGACCCCCGCGUCAACGCACACUCCAUCCGCAUCGAAGGCUCCGGCGCGGCAACAAUAACCGAUAUCCAAACGAGCAUCGUUGCGCGCGACGAGGAUUUCAACGACGUCUAUCCACCGGACGACAGCGACAGCGACAGCGAUGCCGAUAGCAAAGCAGAGGAGGAGGAAGACAUCUCUGAAGAUGAAGACGGGCUAAACGAUAACGAACUGCAAGAGAUCCGACGGGAGAUUGCGAGGGUCGAGGCGAAGAUCGCGACGGCGCGGAGCGAGAUUAAUUCCGCGCUGUCGAUGCUGGGGAUCAUGGAUCAGUAUGGGAAAGGGUUUUCGACGGAGAAGAACAGAGAUGUCAAAAAGUUUGGCGAGUUUUUGGAGUUGUAUAAUGGGCGAAGAAAGGAGGGGGCGGAGAGACAUCAGAAGGCCCAUGCGGAGAUUGCGGUCCGUGAGAGGGAGCUGGCGAAGCUGCAGCGGAAGUUCAGUCGGCGAAAGGUGCGGUAUGCGAAGGAGCGGAGGGAGGUAUCCAAGGCGUUGAGGUUGAGGAAGGAGAAGCGCGACCGGGCGCUUGCGAGGAAGAAGGCUCUGCGGAGUCAGAAGCGCAAUGAGCUCAGGGCGUUUUGGACCUCGACGGUUGGCAAGGUCGUUGUUUCGCUGGAUAGCCAGUCUCUGGGAUUCACGCCGGGAUCAAGCCGACGGAGCUCGAUUGUUAGUGCCGUGAUCGCGCGGUCUGAUGAGAGCCAGAAGCAAGAUCUCAUCGACGUCACGCUCCGUCUGAGCUAUAUCGUCCCCGGGCGAAGCUGGUUCCCACGGUAUGAGCUGCGAAUCAACUCGCCCUCCUCGUCGGCGCGGCUGACAUACCGCGCUGAAUUCAACAACUUGACCACCGAAAUCUGGCGCGAUACCCGCGUAACCCUGUCCACAUCGCAGGCGUCGUUUGACGGCAUUGGCGUGCGCAUUCCUUACCUCGAUCCCUGGAAUAUCAAACGAGUCACGACACUGUCCAAGAGCCCAGCGUGGCAUCGCAUCUUGGAGAACCCGCACGGCUUGCUCGGACCGACCCCUCCGCCGUUUCCAAAGAAUGGACUCUUCGGCGCGCCUCCACCGCAGGUUCCGGGGGCUCAAAAGGGUUUCUUGUCCGGGCAGCCAAAGCCUGUCUUCGCAUUCAACAACGUCGAUGCUGGAAAUGCAGCACCAGGGAACGGGUUUGGCCAGUCCGCACCAGCGGCCAAUUCAGCUUCGCUAUUCGGCGGCAACGCGCAAGCGAACAAUGCAGGAGGGGGGCUGUUCGGAGCUCCAGCUCCAGCCGCCGGUCCAUCUCUCUUCGGGGCGGCUCCCAACAACCCAGGAAGGGGGUUCGGAUCUAACAACGUAGCUGGAGGAUUCGGGAACAUGGUGGCACGACCAGCAGCAAGGUCCAAAAAAGUCGUCGUCGAUGCACUGCAGAAUGAAGAGGUACAGUCAAUAGGUGAUGGCCUCUUCGGGAGCGUCCCGAGUUCAGCGCACUCACGGCCUCGUCCUCGUCUUGCUGCGUCGAUUUCCCCAGAUGACGGCGACAGCCAAGCAGAGACGCUCCCUCCGCCACCACCUGCACCAGGUGCAGCAGCACCAGCAUCAACCCUCCCCGCCCCAACGGACGAACAGCUCCCCCUGCCGCAACCCGGUGGAGGCCGCGGCCUCUUCGCCCGUCUAACGCAAUCCAUCACCGGAGACGGAAACGAAUCCGAAACGUCCAAAGAAAUCAGCGCAACCGUCGAGCUCGAAGGUUCCGACUCCGACGGCGAUGACGACGGUGCGGACGCACAAACCCUCACCUCCACGUCCCUCGAGCACCAAGACUCCGUGAAACAAGACUACGGCAUGACGACAACGUACGAGCUCCCAGGCCGCCGCACCCUCUCCCCUUCGCACGUCGCGCGCCGCCACGUGCUUGCCGAACUGGACCUCAAAUCCGUAACACUCACCUACGUGAUCGUGCCCAAACGCCGCGAAGCCGCGUUCCUCCGCGCACGAAUUAAAAACACAUCCAGCCUGACCCUGCACCCAGGACAAGUGGGGAUCACAGUCGACGGCUCGUUCGUCGGCACAGCGGGGCUUGAUACAUGCGCGCCGGGCGUCUUCUUCAACAUCUCACUCGGAAUCGACCCGGGAAUCGAAGUGAAGUACUCGAAACCCUCCGUGAAACCGCUCGCGGGCGCGCUGUUCUUCAACAAAGAAGAUGGCGCAAAGUUCCGGCGCUCGACAUGGGUUAAAAACACCAAAGGUGUUGCGGUGGAUCUCCUGGUCUCCGACCAGAUUCCCAUUUCGGAUGAUGAGAAGCUGCGUGUAAGGGUUUUAGAGCCUGCGGGCUUGGAGAAGGAGGGUGAUGAGAUCGAUGUCAAGAUGGAGAAGAGUAAAGGGAGCGGCACGGUGGCGUUACGGAAGAAUGGCGAGGUGAAGUGGACGUUGAAGCUGCAGCCGAGCCAGGAGAUUAGGCUUGUGUUGGAGUAUGAGGCUAAGGUGCCGGUUGGGAGCGAUGUGAGUCCCGUUUAG